AGAUGUGGUGUACAUAUGCUGGACUAUUCCCCAGCCUUAAAAAAGAAUGGGAUCUUGCCAUUUGCAACAACAUGGAUGGAUCCAGAGGGUCUUUGGCGUCCACUCUCAGGAUGUUCUGCAAAAGGGACUGUCUAGGUCUCAGCUGCCAGGUGCCAGGUGCCAGGUACCCCGCAGCGGGAAGGGCCCGGGCCCAUCCACACCUCUGCCCACACCCAGCUGCCGAUGCUCCUCCCCACACCUCCUUUUCCUCCCGCCGAGGUCUCAAGGCCGUUAGUCCAGGACGGCUCGGGGGCGGCCCCGGGCACGUGCCGGCUUCUGCGGAGGCCACGGAGCACACCCCCGCGCGACCGGGCUGCACAGCCCCGGGGCCGUCCCACUACGGCUGGGGACGCAGGGAGUCCACGAGGAGGGACAUUCUCCGCGGAUCAGCUGAACCCAUCACUGCCGGGUCAGGUGACUUUUGAGGAUGUGGCCGUGUAUUUCUCCCAGGAGGAGCGGAGGCUCCUUAACGUAACGCAGAGGCAUCUAUACCAUGAUGUGAUAUUGGAGAACUUUGAGCUCAUCGGCUCUCUGGGUUGUCUGUGUCAAGUGGAAGAUGAGGAGAACCCUCUUGAGCAGGUGAAGAACUGUAGGGCCCCCACUCAUCAGAACACCCCUUCAUGUGUGGGGAGUGUGGCAUGGACUUCCAGGCCAGCUUUGGCCUCAGCCAGCAACAAGCUGCUCACAGUAUGGGGAAGCUACUGAGCAGCACCAGGGAGACCUUCCCUCACAGCUCCAGUCUCAGGCAGCACCCAGGAGUCCACACUGGACAGAAACCCUUCAAGUGAAGCAACUGUGGGAAAUCUUUCCUGGAGAGUUCUGCCCUCCUCAACCACCUAAGAAUUUACACUGAACUGAGUUCCUACAUAUGCUCAACAGGUGGAAAUGCCUUCAGGGAGAAAUCAAUUCUUAUUACUCAGAUUAAAAUUCACACUGGAGGAACGUCCUAUAUGUGUAAAGAGUAUGGGAAGUCCCUCAGCCACCCAUCUAAAUUGAGCACACCUCAUAAAGUUCAUACUGAAAUAAAAUGUUACAAGUGCAGUGAAUGUGGGAAAACAUUCAACCACAAAUCCACACUUGUUCAGCACCAGAGAAUUCAUAGAGGGGAAAGGCCUUAUAAGUGCAGUGAAUGUGGGACAGACUUCAGCCUCGCAUCUACGCUUAUUUGGCACCAGAAAGUUCACACUGGGGAAAGGCCCUAUAAAUGCACUGAAUGUGGGAAAUUCUUUAACCAAAACUCCAACCUCAUUUGGCACCGGAGAGCUCACAUUGGAGCAAGAUCUUAUGAAUGCAUUGACUGUGGGAAAGCCUACAGCAGAAUCUCUUGUCUCAAUCAGCACCAGAAGGUUCACAUGAGAGAAAGGCCGUAAGAGUGCUGCUGGUGUGGGAAAGUCUUCAUUGAAAUAGCCACAGGUGUUUGGUACCACAAAGUUCUCAACACAGAAAGGCCUCAUAUGGGCAGCACAUGUUGCACCUUAGUUUCUUCUCAUUUAACACCAGAAAUUAUAGGAAAGCCUUUAGAUACAGCUUUAACCUCAUUCAGUACCAGAAAGGUCAUGACCCCAAAAGGACUUUAAAUGCAGUCAGUGUGGGAAAU